UGGCAGGACAAAUUUCUGGGUGGGUGGCAUAACAGGACCGGCGUUGAGCAGAUUGCGUGUUUAAUUACCUUCUAGCUAUACUACCAGACACCACUUAAUGCAUGUAUGCAUUCCUUAUUUUUUUAUAUUUCGCUUUCAUGUUUAUUCUUCCUCUCUUUGCCAAAGUACGUUCUUUUACGUCUGCGACCGGAAGAUGCGGACGAUGGUUCAGGAACCGCAGUGGCUAAAAGGCCAGACAAGCGUCUUGUCUGUCCUCCCCAGACUUCGAAAAAAGGCUCGAGUUCCAAGGAAGGUCGUAUCACCCGGAGACGACACGACCAUCGCCUUCCAGUUUCCAGGGAGGGAUCACCAUCCCAGCGGCGAGUCCUCGUCCACGACCGCUGCAGGUCAGAUAACCUCCUGUUCCUCGAUACUCGCCGGCCGCACAGAAGGCCGCGGCAUCCUCGGAUGCAACCCGACGACGGGUUUGCGGUUCUAGAUCCAGGAAUGUGGUACAUAAAAAAGCGAGGUAGAUGUGGGAAGAAAGAACUGGGAUGUGGCAGCUUCUCAAUGCUGAUGAGCUGAUUCAAUGGUCACCAAAUGGGUAGCUGAGAGGCUACUGGGAUACAUCGGACUGACUCCUACUACUAAUUGCUGAUAUUUGGUAUGUAUGUCUCAGGCCUUGAGAAAGAGGGGUAGCUGCAGGAUCAAAAUUGCCUUUCCUCUGUACUCGCUUACUGUGCAGCUGUAUGCAUUUGUUUCUGCUUGAAAGUCACAGCCUUGUCGGAGGGAUUUGUAUGGCCCUUGCGGCUAAUGACAAAUAGGAGAAAUACUUGUUCAUCG